GGAUUUGAAGAGAAGUUGGAUGUUAAAGAUGCAAACCAACAAUGCUGUCAGAGUGAAGUUCAGGGAUAGCAAGAAAUUCAUUUUUUCGUCGCAACCUUUUACAUUUCAAACGUUUUUGGAAUGCGUUGCCAAGAAAUGUGAUCUUCCUACAAUAAAUGUUAAGGUCUUUGAUGACUCGAAGACAGAGGUUGAUGAGGAAGCGUUCGAAUAUCUGCUGACACAACCAAACCUUGGUGUCCUAAAAAUGAUCAUCCCAGGCACAGCAAGUCUUGAUGAGAUUUUAGUUCAUCCACACAUCUGUACUCAUCAAGACUUGGCCAUGAAUGUGCCUGGAACACUGAAUCUGUUUGCACCAGUACCAGUAUCCAAGGGCACUUGGAUAGCAUUGGAGAGAGUCUUCAGACCGCGUAUCUACUUGCUGUUGGGCCGAACAGAAGGAGACCCUGCUACACCUCAUCCAACCAUACAGCUGAUGGACAAUGACUGGAUGAAGGCAAUCAGUGGAAGAGGUUUCAGUGUGGUGAAAGUUGAUGGAAUAGGAGUGUGCCAGUUCACCAGCAUUGAUGAAGCCUUUAUAACAGCCUUCAGUAACGUAACGUUACGCUUGAGGAAUAUCACAGUGGCCAUUUUCUAUCAGUCGCUCCGAGCACGAGGAGGAAAGAUCG